AUGGGUUGUAAAGCUAUGUUGGGAAGUAUGGAACUUUGUAUUGAGAGUUGUACCACCGCUUCGUACUAUCACAUCCCUCCCUCAUAUAACAGAUCCACGCGUAACAUGCCCACGCCACACUCACCAAUCGUCGCCGCCCUCAUUACCCCUUCCGUAUCAUCCCAAGAUCAGCCAGUCAUCAAAGACACGACGCCCUCAGAACCGCCCACGCAGCGGACGCCCUGCUAUUUCCAUCACCUUGAGACGGGGUGCAACCGCUCGCAAUCAAAUUUCCCGCCACAGGGCUCGCGGCGCCCGGAAAUGGAGAGGCGGAGUGUAAUGCAGUUCCUGCCCAGCUGCGCGAAGGCGCAAGGAUCGCUGCCCCCGAGGAUCAGCGAGCGAGCCGGACGCGUCGUGGCCCAGGCCGGCUCCCGCGUGACCCUCCCGUGCGUGGCCCAGGGCCAUCCGCCGCCGCACUACACAUGGUACCGCGGAUCGACGCCCCUCACGCCGAGCAGCGGGGUCUGGACCGUGGGCGGCUCGCUGGUCCUCGGAGGCGUGGGCGUAGGGGACGCAGGGGAGUACACCUGCGUGGCCAACAACAGCGCCGGGGAAACGAGGUUCUCGGCGCACCUGUUGGUCACUACGCCCCUCACGGUGCAGGUGACUCCACGCGAGGUGCAGGUCGACGCAGGUGGGCGCUUGGAGCUCAGGUGCCACGUAUCAGGUGAACCCGUCGAUACAGUCACCUGGUUCAAGGAUGGCGUUACGCUCAGGUCAGGCGGCCGCAUGAGGAUCCGGCCCCGGGAGUCUCUGCAUGUGGCCCCCGUGGAUCCGUCCGACGCCGGGGUCUACCAGUGCGCUGCGACUUACGGCACGGACUACGCCCACGCCUACGCCCACGUCACUCUCGGAGCUGCGGCGCCUCAGCUGGUGUACCGCUUCAUCGAGCAGACGCUGCAGCACGGGCCAGCUGUCUCCCUCAAGUGCAUCGCCACGGGCACGCCCACGCCACACAUCACGUGGGCGCUGGACGGGUUCCCGAUCCCACACUCCCACAGGUGA